GUAGGCGCUCCUUCCUCGAGCUGUGUUGUUAGCAGAUGCUAGUUAGCUUAGCAGCAGCCGGACGGUCCAACUUUCAACGCUCGCGCGCCUCUGACACACGCGCAGCGUCAGGCAGAGCCACUCCUCCCCGGCACACACCCACUCGGUUGGAGCAGAGAAAGCCCACUCCUCGGCGGCCCGGGUGGGGGACACCGACACCAGAGGAGACUUGUUGGUGACGCGCUGUGCUCAGCGGCUGAGAAGCGCCUGGAUUCGCCCGGUCUCUCGCUGCUCUCCUUCUGGACUUGUUCGCGGCGGCAGCAGCAGCAGCAGCAUGGAUUACUCGCUCUACCUCCUGCUGCUCCUCUCCAGCGUCUCCGCCGUGUCCAGCGGCCAGUUCCCCACGGCGCAAAUGAUCAAGGAAUGGGUGGAACAGAUGCAAAACGAGUUGAUCACAUUAACAGACAGUGCCAGUGGAAUGGAGAGCCUGAUACACAUCUACAAGAAGCACAAGGUGCACUUCAGCGUGGAGUCCAACAACGCCAAACUGCUGGUGGCCACCGCAGCAGGGAACAUCGAGAGACUCCUGGCGAACCGCUCCCAAGCCUUGAAGAAACUGGCCAGUGAGGCGGAACGAUUCCAAAUGGACCACGACUGGAGGGAGGACAGCGAGGCGGACAAAAUUGUUUACUACAACUCCAAAGACGAUCUCAAUCAGACGGAGAAGAAGAACCGAUACGUGCCGGAUGACUUCCACGUGGACCCGGAUUUCAAACGGCUGGUUUCCUACAACACCACCGCGGUCCACAUCCCCACAGACAUAUACGAAGGCUCCACCAUCAUUCUGAAUGAGCUGAAUUGGACGGAGGCUCUGGAGGAUGUCUUCAGGAAAAACAAGGAGGAAGAUCCGUCGCUCCUGUGGCAAGUCUUCGGUUCAGCCACCGGAUUGGCUCGCUACUUCCCAGCCUCACCUUGGAUAGACUCCAGCAAGUCGGCCAAUAAGAUUGACCUGUACGACGUGCGCCGCCGGCCGUGGUACAUUCAGGGGGCGGCAUCACCCAAGGACAUGCUGAUCCUGGUGGAUGCGAGUGGAAGCGUGUCGGGACUGACUCUGAAGCUGAUCCGGACGUCCGUGAGCAAGAUGCUGGAGACCCUGUCCGACGACGACUUUGUCAACGUGGUCUAUUUCAACGACAAAGCCACGCACGCCGCCUGUUUCGAGAACCUGGUGCAGGCCAACGUGAGGAACAAGAGGCUCCUGAAGGACGCCGUCCAGGGCAUCACGGCCAAGGGCAUCACCAACUACAAAGGAGGCUUCGAGCUGGCCUUCAAGCAGCUCUUCCAGAGGAACGUGACCAGAGCCAACUGCAACAAGAUCAUCAUGCUCUUCACCGACGGAGGGGAGGAGAGAGCCGAGGAGAUAUUCGCCAAGUACAACCCCAAACAAGCCGUUCGUAUUUUCACUUUCUCCGUGGGCCAGCACAACUACGACAAAGGACCCGUGCAGUGGAUGGCGUGCGCUAACAAAGGCUACUACUAUGAAAUCCCUUCCAUCGGAGCCAUCCGGCUGAACACUCAGGAGUACUUGGACGUCCUGGGCAGACCCAUGGUGAAGGCUGACCGCAAGGCCAAGCAGGUUCAGUGGACCAACGUCUACCAGGACGCACUGGAGCUGGGACUCGUCAUCACUGGGACGUUGCCUGUCUUCAACAAGACCAACACCGGCUCCAAGAAGUCUCAGAACCAGCUGAUCCUGGGCGUCAUGGCCAUCGACGUGUCCCUGGAGGACAUCAAGAGGAUGACGCCGCGCUUCACGUUUGGACCCAAUGGCUACUACUUCGCCAUCGACCCCAACGGAUACGUCCUGCUGCACCCCAACCUGCAGCCCCCGAAGGAGGAGUUUAAUGAGCCUGUAACCCUGGACUUCCUGGACGCCGAGCUGGAGAGUGACGUGAAAGUGGAGAUAAGGAGGAAGAUGAUUGAUGGACUCUUUGGUGAAUACAAGAUUUCGGCGCUGGUCAAAUCCCAAGACGAGCGCUACAUCGACCUGGGACAGAGGACCUACACCUUCGCUCCGGUCAAAGGCACCGACUACAGCCUGGCCUUGGUCCUCCCAGACUACAGCCGCCACUACAUCAGGGCCACCAUCGGCGACACCAUCACUCAGGCCAAAUUUUCUGAAAGCCUGCUCGCUGACAAGUUUGAUGAAUAUGGCUACACGUUCAUCGCGCCCAGAGUCUACUGCAAGGACCUGAAGCCACCGAGCGACGACAAGAACAACACCGAGUUCCUCAUGGAGUUCAACAACUACAUCGACACCAAGACGCCCAACAACCCCAUGUGCAACGUGGAGCUGGUGAACCGCCUGUUACUGGACGCUGGCAUCACCUCCGACCUGAUCAAGAUCUGGAGGGAAAAUGAGUUGCAGCCCGGAGUAGCAGCCAGAUUUGUUGCCACCGACGGAGGGAUCACGCGAGUCUACCCCAAAAGCGCUGGACUCAACUGGAAAGAAGAUUCUGAAACCUACGAGUCGAGUUUCUACAAGCGCAGCCUGGACAAUGACCUGUACAUCUUCACCCCGACGCCGUACACCGUCAAAGAGAACGCCAGUCUCGAGUCCGGUGACGACUCGGUCCUGGUGAGCAAGGCGGUGAACCUCAACAUCAACGAUGUGACGCUGAAGCCAGCGGUGGUGGGUGUGAAGCUGGACAUCAGCGCCUGGAUGGCGAGCUUCAUCAACCUGACUCAGAGGACCAAUUGCAACGAUGAGAUCUGCGGGUGCCAGCGGAACGACAUGUACGUGGACUGUAUCAUCCUGGACGACGGGGGCUUCCUGGUGAUGUCCAACCAAGAUCGAUACAUCGAUCAGAUCGGCCGGUUCUUCGGCGUCAUCGACCCCAUCCUGAUGGUCAACCUGGUCAACUCCUCGCUCUACACCUCCAAGAAGACCUUCGACUACCAGUCGCUGUGUGACCCUCAGAAGGAGAGCAAGGCCGCUGCGGGGCUGCGCUCUGUCUUCGUGCCCACGAUCGGAGAUAUGCUGAGCGUCGGCUGGUGGGCCACGGCGGCGGCCUGGUCCAUGCUGCAGCAGCUCCUGGUCAGCCUCACCCUCCCAAACCUGCUGGACGCAGCGGAAGUGGAGGAUGACGCCUCGGACACCUCCAACAAGGAAGUCUGCAUCACCGAGCAAACGCAGUACUACUUCGAGAGCAGCGCUGUGUCUUUCAGGGGCACGGUGGACUGUGUCAACUGCUCCAGACUCUACCACGCUGAGAAGCUGCCCAAGACCAACCUGGUCUUCGUCAUCGCUGACGCCAAACUCACCUGCUCCUCCUGCGACUCCAAGCCUCUGAUACAGGACGAGCAACAGUCUGAUGGUCCAGAUCCCUGUGAGGUGGCCCAGAACCCACGGUACCGCAAAGGACCCACCGAGUGUUUCGACAACAACGAACACGACGAGGCCUUGUGCCGGCGCAGCGCUGGCUCCCCAUUGGCUCCGUCGCUGCUCAUGUUACUGCUGCCACUGUUCAUGUGCUGUCCAGGGAGGAGGACCCCGACUGUGGCGCGGCGUCCGGACUGAGCCCCUCUCUGUGGCUGAUGACAGCCCUUCAGCUGGCUCUGCUCUGGGUUCUGACCGGCUCCAGACACCACAGCGUCUCGUCGUGACCUCUGAACUGUGACCCCCCCCCACCUCCUUCUUUCUCACUCUGUCCUCAACCAGCAUGCCAACGCUGCCACAGACGACCGGCUCACGAGGAGCGCUCCCAGCCAACAACCCUGGUCUUUUCUGCUUUUCUUUUGUGGGCCAUGUUUGGAAGAAGGGAGUCCUGGAGGAAUGUCCGAACGACUUGGGGUGGAAGGGGCUUGGCGACUCCUCCGGAAUGGCCGCGGAGUCCUGAGAGGGGGUUGGUUUUGGGGCGGGGUGGGGGCUUAACCAGGGAUCAGGUGGAGCAGAGUCGGCGCUUGUCUUUGCAGAUGUGUGGUUUGAAUGAGUUGCAGUGGCUAGUGACUAGGUGUUGAUGUUUGUGCUAGAGAUGCCAUACUAACAGUGCCCCGGUCCUCGCCUGGGCUCAGCGUUAUUUCAUGUAGAUACUGUGUGCGGUGUGAAGUCGCGUCCUGUCCUCCCCGCGCCUGCCUCUCGUGCCAUGUCCACCCUUCCGCUCUGUAGGAACAUGAGGUGUGGUUCGAUGUAUUGUGCUUUCACGAAGGCUGCUCAGACGACGUGAUAAGCAGACGACCCAGGCUCCACCCACUGCGCCGCCCGGCUGCGGCCCACCUGAGACCAGAGCCCUGACAACUGUCCGGCUGGGUCUGAAAGUGAGGAGCGGCCGGGGGACGGGCACUGAGCCACUGACCUCACAUGGUGUGGGUGCAGCCUGGGGUCGGCAGGUGUGUUUCUGACCGUGACUUGUCCCGAUGAAGGAAAACCGUUUGCACUCGAUGAAGGCACUUUCUGGCGGCUCAGCACUCGGAGGUGUAAACACAUCCCCUGGAGGUGUUGCCGUGACGACACUUCCACACAUGCUUUUUUGUCGUCUUCACCUCCAUCUCUUCCGCACCUGGUUCCUCCCUCAUGCUCCUCUGAGUCUGACUGCCGAGUGUCAGUUCCAGUUCACGCCUCUGGGGUCACUUCCUUCCGCAGAAGAGCUGCUCAAUUGACUCAUUUUCAUGAGAAAAAACAUUGGAACAAAAACGUUUUUGGAUCACGUCAUCCAUCCAUCAGAGCGCGUGUCGAACUCAAGGCCCGUGGGCCAAAUCCGACCCACCACUGGAUUUUCCGUGGCCCUGAAAUUGUAGGUCAAAGUUAUAUUAAACUUUUGUCCUGACCCUAAAUGACCUCACCUUUGCUCUCAAACCAAAGAUGAAAAACGAAAUGUGGAGCUCAGGUGUCAAACUCAAGGCUUGGGGUCAAAUAAGGGCCUGCAGGGGCUUGAAAUGCGUCUUGAGUUUGACACCUGUGCUGCGGUGGUUGGUGGAACCUCUAUCCCAGGGAGUCAUUCUGAGAGUCAAACCUCUGAACUAGUGAGCGGCUAAAGGUUUCCCCAAAGAAAAUCGAGUCACACCUGUCAGGUAUUUGUUGCUAGCGUGUUUGAUAACGGUGUUAAAUAAUGGCUGCUUUUGUUGUUUGGUUUUGGAGGAUAACGCGAGCGGAUCCUUUUCAGUUCUUCAGAACCUGCUGUGCAAGUGUCGUCACUGUCUCAGGUCACAUGACCGACUGGUCUGGUCUGCUGGACGGGGACUGAUGCGCGAUUUGGGCUUCAUUCACAGCGUCGGUCGACACCAGGACAAUACUAACACUGGAAACAAACAAAGUGGGAUUCAUGAAACGCAUGUUUGAGUCGUGUGUUUUGGCGAGUUUGUAGCAUCUAGUUUUGCGAGGGCCGAGGAGACCCCAGCAGAACGGUUUGGACCCCCCCUCCGUGUAGUUUCUUAACUCUUCCAGUGGUCUUCAGUGCACUUUAUACCCCUCGAUGUCUUUGACUAUAACCUUCAACAGAUUUUGUGUGUUGAAACUAACGUUGGUAUUUACACUGGUGUCUCACUAACCACUCGGAAUAUCAAGUGCCAUAUAGGACUCUCUGUUAGUCGGGUGGAGAAGCCUAUGAUAUUUAUGCAACGAGACGAGCGUGUGUUCCCCUGCUGCAUGGAUGACACGCCCCCUUCCCCUCAGCUGCCUGUUCUGGAUGUCACCACUGCCUUUCUCUUGGGGAGACAGCAUCUGGGGACGGGGUCGUACCGCCGCGUUUCUCAUUGGAGGCCAAAUUCAGGAAAACAAUGUCUCUCUCUCUCGCGGAUGGAGACAAGCUAGCGGGUCGGUGGGAAAAUCAUGCGAGGAUCCGAUAGAUUUCACGGGAAAAUAGGAGGUCUAGGAGGGUUCUGAAGAGAGGAGUCGCCCCAAUACCGCUCAGAUCAUCGGUCAGUCUUCAGGUUCCAUCGCAGCCUUUCUCCUGCUGAUUCAAGUCUGUAGUGCCCCGUCGUCUCGGAAUAUCGCCGUGCUGUCGCCGAAGAAAAGUCCUCAAGUAGAAUGAACUGAUCGUUCGUGUAGUCAGCUCACCGCCUGGGCAUUUCUGUCACGACAUGAGGCACCUGUGGGGGAUGUGGGGGGUGGGGGCUAAACUUUCGGUAUGUUUACUGGGGAAGACCAAGUGGUCAUAAUCUAUGUAGGCAUCGUCUAACCCUGGGUUUGGCCCUAACCCGGGACGUAACCCAGGUGGAGGGAUGUUACCUGGAUAGUCUGAGAAAAAGGGAGGCAGCCGGACGGUAUUGCGUUCUUAGGCGAGAUAAUGUUGCUGAACUGCAACCUGACCGGCAGCGACGCCCCAUCACAGGUGGCGCUGCUGCACGGUUUUUGUUCUUUCUCGGGGAAGUAGGAAGACCCUCUCUUUGUGAAGCCCGGUCCGGUGACAGAGAGCAGCGGUGUUCUUGGCCCACAGUGGAGCGCCUGGUCCGGAGAGGCCGCGGCUCCCAAGCGUGGAAUCUGAAUCUCGUAUCCGAGGCCCGACGUUCCACCCAUGACAGGACUAUUAAAACCACGUUGCGAGCGAACUCACACCGUGUCUGGAAUCUCUCGCCUUCGCUCGUCAACCGCUUGAAAACCGAGGUGCCAAACGGGAAUCUCAGCCAAAGGAAACAAUCAGUGUCUCGCUUAACACUCAGGAACCACCGGGGGAGAGGUCCGGUUUCAUCGUCGCCCUGAUGUUUAUUUCAGUUUUGUCUUUGGCGCACGUCCCGGAGUGGUCGAUCCUCCGACAGUACCUGCUGCGUCUCAGCCAAAGUGCAGACCAGUCGGUGCUUUGACACGUGGUUUGCCUCCAGAAAGCGACCGCCGUGAGACAAGGAAUGGGUACGACCCUGAGAUGAGCCACCCUCCCCCGACCUCCCAGUCCAGUCGGCUCAGCUGGACGGUCAGAUGCUGUCACCUCAGGAACUCUGUCUGUGACUGGAGGUUUUUCUUGUUUUACCGAUUCUGCCGGUGCUCUCUGCCGUGUCGGCCUUUUCUUUGGUGGUGGACUGUCACUUCUCUUCGUGUGCAUGUGUGUAACUUGCUGCAGACAGACAGACAGACAGACAGACAAGCCUGUUGAUCUUCUUUUGCCUUUGGCGUGAAGGAUUCCUGGGUCCUUCUCAGCGGGAGUCUCCCUCAGUCGUGCUUUAAAGUCAAAUCAUGUAAAAACAUGUACAAAAACCAAAGUGGGAAUUUGAAAAAGAACCUUGUUUAUAAUCCUGCAGAGGAUCGUGUGUCUGUCCGUGUUCGAUUACGGUACGUUACCAAUAAAU